AUGAAUGUUUUCAUCCUGUCAAACACUUUGUUUCCCUCCCAGACCAAGAACCUGGACUUCCGCCGGAAGUGGGACAAGGAUGAGUAUGAGAAGCUGGCAGAGAAGAGGCUCACGGAAGAGAGAGAGAAGAAAGAUGGCAAACCAGCCCAGCCCGUCAAGAGGGAACUGCUGCGGCACCGCGACUACAAGGUGGACCUGGAAUCCAAGCUGGGGAAAACCAUUGUCAUCACCAAAACCACUCCCCAGUCUGAGAUGGGAGGGUAUUACUGCAACGUCUGUGACUGCGUGGUGAAAGAUUCCAUCAACUUCCUGGAUCACAUCAAUGGCAAAAAACACCAGAGAAACCUGGGCAUGUCCAUGCGGGUGGAGCGCUCCACGCUGGACCAGGUGAAGAAACGCUUUGAGGUGAACAAGAAGAAGAUGGAGGAGAAGCAGAAGGACUAUGACUUUGAGGAGAGGAUGAAGGAGCUCCGUGAGGAGGAGGAGAAGGCCAAAGCCUACAAGAAGGAGAAGCAGAGGGAGAAGAAGAGGCGGGCAGAGGAAGACCUGACCUUUGAAGAGGAUGAUGAAAUGGCAGCAGUGAUGGGUUUCUCUGGUUUCGGCUCAACCAAAAAGAAUCACUGAGCAGCUCUGGACUCUCCUCUUUAUUGAAACAGAUUGUUUUUACCCAGGGAACUCUGGAUAUCUCUUAAAAGACUUGAUUGAGGACUUGUAUGUAAACCUCCCAGUAGAAGUCAGCUGGAGGAGUCGCAAAAACAAUUCCCUGCUCUGCCUGUGCUGCAGAACCAGCCCCGCCUGUCAUUAGCUUCCCAUCUCCUCCUGUGUCCUAGAUCCAGCUGCUCAACCCCACUCCACAGCCUCCUGCAUGCAGAGAAGUGUUCUGCUGGGUGCCUUUUUGUGUCAGUGAAGUGCAGCAGUGCUGUGCAGGUGGCCUGGUUCAGGAUUCAUCUAGAUGUCAACCAGGCA